AUGAUAAGCAACUUCGAUAAGCUGUGUGGAGACUUAGAAAAACAGGAAUUGGAGGCCCCGAAUGGAGUAGCAUCAUCCUCUACAUAUGCUCAACUAUUAGCAAUCUAUUUAUAUCAGAAUGAUUUAUGUAAUGCAAAAUAUUUAUGGAAAAGGAUUCCUCAGAGUAUAACGAGUAGCAAUCCUGAAAUUCCAGCUAUUUGGGCCGUAGGGCAGAAGUUAUGGAAGAAAGAUCUUGCCGGAACUUACCAUGCACUGGCUGCAUUCACAUGGACCGAGCCUGUAGCUCAUAUUAUACGAGCUCUUGAAGAAAGAGUUCGUGAAAGAGCUUUCAACCUUAUUGGACGUUCGUACAGCACUGUUUCUCUUGAUACCAUAGUGCUAAUGACUGGUCUAAGUAGAGAGGCUGUGUUACAAAUAUGUAGAGAUAAAAAAUGGGAGUUGCAUUCUGAUGGUGUUACUAUAAGCCCUACACCGCCAGUCCAACCAUCUCCGUUACAUACCUCAAGUGAAGACCAAUUGUUCAAGCUCACAGAAUUCGUAUCUUUCUUAGAAAACUAG